UGGUUUCGGCGUUUUGUUUAAGCAUUAUAAUUUAGUGUUCAGUAUUCAUUAUUCUGUGUUCAGUAAUCUUUUUAUGAAAUUUAAAGUUUGGUACAUUUUCUUUGAAUUAAGAAUUGUGGAACAAUGUCGGUAUUAUAGCCUUCGUUGUUCGACAUGAAUACUAUAGAUGCAGUUAACCUUUUGCAAAUGUUUUAACUUUUGUACAAAAUUGACGUUUUUCGGCAUUUUUUAACGCUUAGCAGAUGGUCGUCUCAUCGAUUUAUCCGUAAAUCUUAACAGUUUAUAAUAUUUCAUAGCAUUUACAAACAUAAACACUCUUAAAAUGAGAACAGCUCUUAUGGUUGCAGAAAAGCCAUCUUUGGCUUCUUCACUAGCUAACAUUCUUAGUAAUGGGAGAAGUAGUUCAAGAAAAAGUAUGAACUCAGCUUGUCCUGUACAUGAAUGGUCUGGUGUUUUUUUUGGUGCACCUGUUAUUUUUAAAAUGACUUCGGUCUGUGGUCAUGUGAUGACAUUAGAUUUCAACAGCAAGUUUAACAACUGGGAUAAAGUUGAUCCAGAAGAACUUUUCUCUUGUCCUACUGAAAAGAAAGAAGCAUCACCUAAAUUGCGUAUCCCAGCAAUGUUGGCCACUGAAGCAAGAGGGGUCGAUUAUCUUAUACUAUGGUUGGAUUGUGAUAAAGAAGGAGAAAAUAUAUGUUUUGAAGUUAUAGAUGCUGUUAAAAAUUCUAUGAAGCGCUCUAAUGACAUGACUAGAAUUUGGAGAGCAAAAUUUUCUGCCAUAACUCCUAAAGAUAUCAAAGCAGCCAUGGAUAGACUAGAUUUUCCAAACCGAAAUGAAGCUAUGAGUGUUGAUGCUAGACAAGAACUUGAUCUUCGUAUUGGUUGUUCAUUUACACGUUUUCAGACUAAAUAUUUUCAGGGGAAGUACGGAGAUUUAGACUCAUCUCUAAUAUCUUAUGGUCCUUGUCAAACGCCUACUCUAGGAUUUUGUGUUCAACGUCAUGAUGAAAUACGAAGAUUUAAACCUGAACCAUAUUGGGUACUCCAGGUUACAAUUCAAUCAAAAGAAGGGCAAGAUGUGAUUCUUAACUGGGAGAAAGGCAGAUGUUUCGAACGUGAUACUUCUAAUAAUUUACUUCAAGCAUUAAAAAAGCAACAAGUGGCAACUGUUAUCUCUAUAUCCCAACAAGAAAAGUCAAAACAGCGUCCAUUGGCAUUAAAUUCAGUAGAACUUAUGCGAGCCGCCAGUACUGGUCUGGGAAUGGGUCCACAUCACGCAAUGCAAUUGGCUGAGCGUCUUUACACUCAAGGGUACAUUAGUUACCCAAGAACUGAAACUACUCAUUAUUCAGAUAACUUUGAUUUGGUUGGUGCUAUUAAAACUCUUGAAAAGAGUCCUGAAUGGAAUUCAGAAAUACGUCAAGUACUAAGUUGCGGUUUAACCCGACCACGAAAUGGAAAAGACUGCGGUGAUCAUCCACCUAUCACUCCCACUAUGCUAGCUUCUCGAAAUGAACUAGAUGGAGACUCGUGGAAGCUGUAUGACUUUAUAGCUCGUCAUUUUGUUGCAACAAUAUCAAAAGAUUGUAGGUUUUUUUCAAAAACUGUAACUUUCAAAAUUGGCUCAGAAACUUUCACAUACAAUUGGCGUACAUUGAUUGAUGCUGGGUUUACAGCCAUUACACCUUGGAAGGCUUUGCCAAAAAAUGAAUUAGCUGUUAAUUUUGAACGUGAUGAAAAGCUUAAUAUCAAAGAUGCAAGACUUACUGAUCACAUGACAUCACCACCAGGUUACCUUACAGAGUCUGAAUUAAUCUCUUUGAUGGAAAAACAUGGUAUAGGAACUGAUGCUUCAAUUCCAGUCCACAUUAACAAUAUAUCACAACGUAACUAUGUUACUGUUGCUUCUGGCCGAAGACUUGUACCCACAAAUUUAGGCAUAGUUUUGGUGCAUGGAUAUCAGAAAAUUGACAAACAGUUGGUAGAACCAACAAUGCGAUCUACUAUAGAAGAUCAAUUGAAUUUGAUAGCCAAAGGAGAAGCUAACUAUGAACGUGUCCUAAGACAAACAAUUGAAGCAUUUCGACAGAAAUAUUUAUAUUUUGUUAAAUCGAUUGAAGGUAUGGAUUCUCUUUUUGAAGUGUCGUUCACAACUUUGGCAGCUUCUGGUAAAGCACUUUCGAGGUGUGGAAAAUGCCGCCGCUAUAUGAAACUUAUUAUAGCUAAACCAUCUCGAUUGCAUUGUUCCCAUUGUGAUGAAACAUAUAAUUUACCUCAAAAUGGGAAUAUAAGAAUCUACAAGGAAUUAAAAUGUCCAUUGGAUGAUUUUGAACUUGUAACAUGGUCAACUGGUACGAAAGGUCGCAGCUAUCCACUAUGCCCUUAUUGCUAUAAUCAACCAGCAUUUCGUGAUAUGAAGAUACACAGUGGUUGUAAUUUAUGUCUUCAUCCAACUUGUCCACAAGGGUUCUAUGUAAAUGGUAUAGCCAGUUGUCUACAAUGUGAUAAUGGAGUAUUAGUAUUGGAUCCAUCAUCUGGCCCUAAGUGGAAAGUCGGUUGUAACAGAUGCGAUGUAAUAUUCCAUUUGUUUGAAGAUGCUCACAAAAUUAUUGUUGAAAGCAAAGCAUGUGAUUGUGGAGCACAGUUAUUAAAAAUUGAAUAUAAAGAGGAACGUACUCGGUUACCCCGCGAUUUGAUUGAAAUGACUGGCUGUUUAUUUUGCUGUGACGAGUUUAGUUACUUAGUUGAGAAAUUCCGGGCUCAAGCAUCUAAACCGGUGUUUAAUAGUCGGCAAGGUCGUGGGCGAGCUAAACAUAAGGGUAAAGGUAAACCAAAACCUCCAAAAGAUAAGAUGGCACAACUGGCUUCUUAUUUUGUGUGAAAAAACAAAAUAAUUCAAAGGACAGACAUCUUUUGAAAAGCCUACUGACAUUUUGUCAUAAUAGUAUAACUAUAAAACAAUUUGGAAGCUUAAUUAAUUUUAUUAAGCUUACUAAAACUUGAAUUAAAUAUAGUUUUAUGUAAGAUACAUGAAACCUAAGUCACUACCGAUAAUGAAUCUCGUAACUAUUCUCGAAUGGUGUUUAUAAUUUAAACUAUAAGAAAUGUUUAUUUCUCAUAAAAUAAUUAAUUAAUACUAAACACAUGUAUAAAGGAGUCAUCACAUUACAUAAAAUAUAACUUAAAUUGUGCCUAGUUUCAGUUACAAUUUACAACACAGUAUGAAGAUUUCUUAUUUUGCCAUUUUUUUAAUAAUAAACGAUAUUUAUCAUCGUUUUCAAUUAACCUGUCUAAUAUUCAUUAUAAAAAAAUAAUUUUGAC